CUGGCUUAGCGCCCAUGGCCGGUGGGACUCAGGGCCCUGCCUAGGGUACCUUCUCUGGAGAGGGUCACAGGCCUUCUAACAAGUCCUCUAGGCCCCUCCUGACCCUUGACCCUGGAGGCUAAAGAGCUAUAGUUCCAGGAGCACUUGCCAGGAAGAUACCAGCGUGGGUUUAAGGGAGCAGUUGGAGCACAUACAGUGGAAAGCUGUACUCCAGGAACAGGGGGCAGGCAGCCUUCUUCAUGGACCAGUCAGGGGUGAGCAUGGGGCUCUCAACAUGUGGGUUGAACCCCUGAUACAGCUGUUCCCCAGCAACUCCUACCCAGACUGUAGUCAAGGUUAUCAGUCACAGAAGCAAGUUGUGCACACCCCAUAAGGGAGGAGUUGGGCCUUUCUAGACAGGAGCACUCUUCUUUCCAGACCUGGGAUGGUUUGCUUGGCUCCAAAGGCCGGGACUGGAGUUCAGGGAACUGGGCAUCACCCCAGACAUGGCUGGACUUGCCUCUGCCCCUGCCUCAGAUGUCACCUUGCUGGUGGCCUGACGCUUCCCAGUGUUCAUUCGAUGAACAUUUCUCAAGUGCCCCAGGCCCUGGGGACACAAAAUAGUCAAGUCCUUGCUCCUGGGAACGACAGGAAGGCAGAGGUGGGCUCUCCCCUAGGCUCCCCAGCCCGCCAUGUCCUCCCCUCUUGCAGCCCCAGGACACCCCAAGUGAGCUGUAGUACUAUCAAGAUGGCUGUCUGAUUCCUAGAGCAAAGGCCUUCAGGCGAAGUCUUGUCUGCUGGCCUGCUUUGGAGGCGUGAGAGCUGUAGCAAUGGGGCGCAUGGCUGCUCCUGGGGCCAGAGCUGCCCCAGAGGAGGCUCUGGUCACCCAGGGUCUCUGGGCAGCUGGACUUUGGGAGGGCAGGACAACAGACUGGAGGGAAAGAGGACCACCAAGGGCCUUGGAAGGAGGAAUUUCAGGAGACUAUCCUACCCACAAAAAUAGAGCUCACAAGAGCACCCUGGUCUUUGGGGCCUGGCCUUGGCCUCACUGUCCUGGCCCCAGGAACACCUUUUCCUUCUGGUCUUGUGUUCCCUAACAGAAAGUGAUGGUCUCACUCUGGUAGGGGUUGAGCUCACAUGGCCAGGGCCCACCCCUCUAAUCUCUGCCUUGUUUUCUGCGGGUCUGAAUGGGCUGAGCCUGGACCACGCAGCCAUUAGCUUUUGUGCCAGCGUGAGGACACAGAGCUCUAGAACUGACACAAAUUUUAGUUUCAUUAAAGUGUUUUAAAAUAGCUCCAGGUAAAUUUGAAAAUUUUAGGUAGAAUAAUGAUAGCUAUAUCACACACACACAGAGUGUGGGGUGUGUGUGUGUGUGUGUGUGUGUGUGUGUGUGUGUGUGUGUGUCUGCCUGACAUGGGUUGGGGGAUGCUUGUGGUGGUCAGAGGGCAGCUUACAGGAGUUGGUUCUCUCCUUCCACCUUUAAUAGAUUCUGGGGAUCAAACUCAGAAUGUCAGCCUUAGAGACAAGUGUCUUUACCUGCCAAGCCAUCUCACUGGCCCAUGCAUAUCUUUUUUAUUUUAAAAUAUUUCUUAGAGGGGCUGGAGAGAUGGCUUAGUGAGUAAGAAUUGCUUGUGGCUCGAUUAUGCAGACAUGAGUUUGGAUCUCUGCCAUGGCCAGUCCUUCCUUCCCCCCAGCACCGAAGGGAGGGGACACAGACAAGAGGGUUAUGAAGCUUGCUGCAGUCCAGCAUAGUUCUGGUUCAGUGAGAACCCUGUCUCAAUGAAAUAAGCUGUGUGUGCUUGCACAGCCACAUACACACAUGUGCAUAUAUACAGUACAUACACAUAUUCAUACACAAAUGUUAUAAUUUAUAUAUAACCUUUGAAUUCUAAUAGGUAAUGUAUAAUAUCUAAGAAGAAAUAACUUUAAAAAUCUGUAGAGGCCACUAUGUAAUUGACCAUUUUACCUGAGACCACAGGAAUAGAGGACCUGGAGGGGCUGCAGAGCAGGUGACCUGUCCUGCCUUGCCUGGACAUGAGGGGCUGUGCAGGCAGGAAGAAGCAGCAGUUCACCUGCCCUUCCUGUCCACCCAGAUGCUCUAUGGACAGGUGGUCCUGUGAAUAUGAAGACGGUUUACAGCCCUCUCAGGGGCCUCCUGCCACUCAAGACAGUGUCCUGGGAAAGAAUUCUGGGGUGAGGGAUGUGAGCAGAGGGCAGCACUCAGGAGUCUUCCCAGAGAGGGGAGACAGGGCAGAGGGGCGUUUUGCUCUGACUGUCCCUGUUGGGAGGAAAGAUGGAGGCGGCUGAGGAGGACAAGGAGGACGGUGGGCAGGUAGAAGGAAGAAAGAGCGAGCGAGCGAGAGGUCCUGGAUGGGGAGGAGGCACAGGGGAGAAGGAGCAGGAGGGCCCUGCUUCCAGGAUGGCAGAGGUUGCCGGUGGGAUGGUCUCCACCCUGAGCUGUCUGCUUCUCCAAGCUUUUCGUGAUCUCGGUCAUCACCUGCCCCCACCCCCACCCCCAACCCUGGUCUUGUAGAAGGCCUUGGUCAGUUUCAGGACACGACACAGGACCCCAGACCCCCUUCAGUCCCAAGAUGACAGGAUUGUUUAGUUGCUGUCAAUCUAGUGUGGCACCCUGGGCAUUGGCUGGAGGAUCCACCAAUCACAUCAGAGGUAGGAGGAGCUGCCCAGCCUUCAAUUCAGGACAGUCUUGAUGAGAUGGAGUGAAACAACCUCCAAGACCUAGGAAAGAGCAAAGCCAGGACACUUCUUAGGGCCCUCCCUCACCAUGGGGCUUAUCUCCCGAGGACAAGCAGGCCUGGGAAGGCCUGGUCCACCAAGGGCCCUGCUUGGGCUGGGUCUGGAGGCCUGGUCUGGCCUUACUGUGCUCCCCAAGUCUUCUAAGUGUCCUGCCCUGCAGAGAAGACCGCAGAGAGAACAGGCCAAGAUGGCACUGAACCUCCUUCAGGAAGCUUGGGCUGGAAUCCCCUCCAUUACGUGUGCACAACUGUCUCUCGAGUCAGCCAAGGGCCUGUGACCAGGGAGAGCACGGCGCACCUGCCUCUCACGGCCUCUAGCAGGAUCCUACCCAGGAUCCCGCUCUAUUGCACCUUGCAACUAUAGGACCCCACUUCCUUGGGGACCCGCUUCCAUAGGGCUCCAUUCUUGUAGGGCCUUGCUCCCAUGGGGCCCUACUCCUAUAGGGUCCUGCUCUUAGAGAAUGAGACUCGGAAAAGCCCUGCACCUCUGUGCCUGCUCGCAUAAGAGUCCAGCUCGUUCCCACAUUGUCCUUCCCCCAGCCCCUCCCUCCCCUCUGCAUGGAAGGUCCCUUUGAAAUAGCCCCAGGACUCCUUCCCUGGCCCUGGUGUUCCUGAGGCCCUUCCCUCUCCCUCUGACUAGCUCUGUGUUCCCACAGUAAACAGUGCUUAUGCUACGCUGGUUUUAGCACAUGAGGGGCUAUGGAACUGCUUGGGGGCCAGCAGUCCAUUCCCAUGGGUAAGAAGCUGUGGAAACUAGGGAUAGUCACGAUCCCUGCCUAGAACAAGUAGUUCUUUGGCGUGAAGGACAGAUAGGGUGGACAUUGGCAAGUUUCUGUCCCACUUGUGGGGACAUUUAGAGCAGGUGUUUGGAGUCACAAGAUGGACCCGGCAGGCUUUCUUUUUCUUGGCUGGGACCCAAGAGACCCUGGCAGGUGUUUAGGAUGUAAGGAGGGUCAGCCCUGCCCUCCUCCCACACCCACCUGGUCUGCCACACUUCCCAGGGAGGAGCAUUGGCCAGGUGGGCCAUGAAGGAACAGGUUUCUGAGCAAGCUUCACCAAUAACCAUUCCUCAGUCAGGCAUGUCCUUCUGGAGCCUCGUCGCUGCUGGGAUGGGCCCUUGGUGGGCUCUGUGGCUGAUCCUUAUUCUUCCCCAAAUCCCGGAGGGCCAGACUCCAGCCAAGCCUCAAGGCUUUCCCCAGCUGACGAGCUUUGAAAAUGACAAGUUUCAGGGAGAAUGGUUUGUCCAUGGUUUGGCCGGUAACGCCUACAAGAGAGAGCACCGGGACUUGCUGAAUCCCUACAUCGCAUUGUUUGAGCUAAAAGACAACAGUCAUUUUCGGGUGACCAACACCAUGACUCGGGGCAAGCGCUGUGACACUUGGUCCUAUACCCUGAUCCCAGCAACGAAGCCUGGGGAGUUCACCAUGGAAAACAAAGGUAAGUGCGGCAUUGGGUGGGAGGACCAGAGCCACCUGGGGAACCUUAUGUGUAUGUCCCUCUGGGUCAGGGACUGGACAGACAGAGAAGAUGUGCAGGUGAUCGAGACAGACUAUACCCACUUCGCCCUGGUGCUGUCCCUCAGGACAACAAGCAGCCAGACCAUCACCAGGGUCAGCCUUCUGGGUAGAAACUGGAGGCUUCCUCAUAAGACGAUAGACAGGUUCAUCUGCCUGACCAGAACCCAGAACCUCACCAAGAAUAAUUUCAUCUUCCCUGAUGUGACUGGUAAUGGGUUUGCAAGCCGUGCAUGAUAGGAAAGGGAGAUAGGAUCUGGAGACAAUGGCGGUACCUUCCCGGCCUUCACAAGUCCAAUGGCCCCUCUCCAGGCAGGCACUGCAGAGUCUCAGGGGGCGUGUAUGGGGCAUUGUGGUCCCAGAGUCUGAAGCCAAGUACUUGUUCACAGAGGUUAGCCUGAGUCAGAAGAGAGGUGUUCGUGGCUCUUAUCUGAGUCCCAGGCCACUUCUUCCAAACGCUGGUCCCUAUCCGAGGCUGCCCCCUCCCCACACUGGUUCUCCUGUCCUGGGAGGAUAGUUCCCUGUUCACAGGAGACUGGAGUUCAUUCAGGGAAGUCCUUGAAUGUGGACAGCCUAUUUCUAGCAGGAAAGUCUCUGAGAGCCCAAGGUCAAGGGGCUUCAGAGCUGAGCCCAUCAUCAGCCUCGCUCCUCUCAUGGAUGGAUCAGGACCCCCAACCCCCACCCUGGCCAAGGACCUUCCUCAUCAUAUCCCCUCCAGUGCAUACCUACCACAUUCGCACACCUGAGCAUGUGCCCACAAACAUGCAGACAGGCACAUGCUCACACACACCUACACACACACACACACACACACACACACACACACACACACACACACACACACGUUCACCUUGCUCCCUUGUCAUUCUGAGAUAGGGUCUUGAGGUAUAGGCCAGGCUGGUCUGGCAAUCACGAGUCUCUUGCUUUAGUUUUCCCGGAUGCUGGUAUUUUAGGCCUGUGUCACCACACCUGGGUCACAUCCCAUACAACAUGCAUUUGGGGUCACAUACAUGUUUGCACUAACCAUAACCCUCACGGUGCCAUACCACCAGAUCUACCACAAAUCUAGGAUCCGGAGGGGACAGGCAGGGCUAUGGAGGGGCUUCUGGAGGAGCCCAGACGUGACGGAGGUGCACUCCGAGGGGCAUGCCUCCUAAGCCCUUUCCCUGGAGCCGCUUCUGGUCUCAUCUCCCGCCCACCUCCCAGUCUACCUGCUUUUCAUCCCUCCCAAGUCUCUCCCCAGCUGCUCUUCCUCAUCGGCCAUCCCAACACUGUCUGUCUCCACCCCAUUAGACUGGUUACCUGAUCCAAACAUCUGCUGAAGAGGGAAUGGUUCCUGCCAGUACAGCCUCAGCCUCACCCUGCCUCUACUCUCCACACAAAUAAACACACUGCCUAUGACUCCAGAAUGUGACCACUGUGACCAUGGGGUGGGUGAGAGGCAAGAACAACCCCAGACUGGCUUCUCAACCCCCACAACUAGAUUCCACACCUCCCCUGACUCCCAGCUGUGUGAAAUCACGGGCCACACCUGCGCCGAGCAGAGCUCUGGGGCCCACAGGAUGGGGUGUGGUAGGCCCAGGGCAUGCCCUUGGACCACUGGUUCUCAGAUGGCAGGCAGGAACAGUCAGACCCCAGAACAGAAGGAAGCCUGGAUGCUGCUGUCCCAGGCUGGAGAAAGGAUAGGGUAUGUCUUCUUCCUAUGGGAUGUGGAGACAAACAUUUCUAGGCCUGAUGGCCAUUCUAGAAAAGCCAUUCAGAAAUAGAGAGGCACAGAGGGUCCAAAGCAAUGCACCCAGAACUAAGCAACCCAGCUCCAAAUGCACACCUCUAAAGAGGUUGUCAGUACAGUGUUCACCUUACCCAGUCCACAACAGCAGCCACUGCUUACUCUACCCAUACCUAAGCCUUAUCUCGGCCCCAACAGACAGGCAAAGCAGGUCAUGACCCAAAACCAUCCAUGCAGAUGACUCCAUAACCUUUGGCCUUGAUAGACAGCAAAUAGCAUAUAGAGAUAGCCCACUGGAUUUAACCUUUACCCUCCUAGAAAUGCUUCUACUGCUCGGUAGGGCGGUGCAAGACUUGUGGGGGUGGGAGUGUUUAGGAUCCCUCUGAUGGUAGACCUCUCCAUCCCCUGGCCUCAUGCCCACUUCCUUCCUAUUGAGCAAGUUGUCCAGAAACCAAGCACAUUCGGGAACAGGGCUGGGCCACCGUAGGUGCAGACCUGAAGUCUGCUGACACCAAUAAGACCAACCCCCAUUCUGGUAUGUAAUUGUAUAUCUGACCCCCACAUCAAACUCUACACGGGAGGCAUGGUCUCCUUUAUCCUCAAUUGUAUCCGAGAUGUAUCCAAGAUGGCACCUCUUGGAGAAAGUGACAGACGCCUAUCUUACUGUAUUGGCUGGCUGGAUAAUGCAUGGACAGAUGGGUGGCUGACUGGAGGGCAGUCGAUGGGUAAAUAGGUAGGUAUGUAGAUGGACAGACGGAUGAAUGGAUGAACUGGGAUCUCGGACGAGAGAGAAAGCAGAAAGUGAGCUGAAUGCUAGCAUUCAUCCCUCUAGUCCUCCGUACUGUGGGUGCAAUGCAGUCAGCUGCCUCGGGUUCCUGCUACCGCUCUUCCUCGCCAUGAUGGAUGUACUCCCUAGAGCUGGAACUGAGGUGACCCUUUCCUCUGAUAGGCGCUGCUUGCUGGAUGCUUGUCUCACAGAUGAGAAAAGUAACGCCAUAGGCACACGAAACGCCCGAGCAGGCUCAGCCGCCAUUUCUAUCAACCAAACCCUCCUUGUAGGGAGGGGAGUUUGACCACCAUGUGACAUCAGGGACAGGUGUCAGAAGAGCCACCCAUGGGCCAUGCCAGAGGGUUCCGAUCCAGCCACAAUCACCAGAGCCUGACCUAGCUAGGCUGCAGUGGCAGAGGGUGCUGAAUCCGGACGUAAGAGCAGCAUGGGCUCUGUUCUCACCCUACAACGGCGUCCACAGGGCACAUGGCUGCAGAGCUCCUGACACAGAGAGCACUCCGACACAUCCUUGAUGCUGCAGUGAGGAUACUCUUUCUAUAUUAGGAACUGAGGCACCAGGACAUUCUCCCACUAACAGAAGGUCUGAUCCUCCAAAGACCCGACUCCAUUAUAAUACUAUUUGCAUUCAUGAUUUUCACAUUCACUUUUGUAGGAAUCAUGGGGGAAAUGCCCUAAAAAGAGAUAGAUCCCACCAUGAUUUGAUAGGAAAGGGGUCACUUACAACAAUAUGCCACCCACCUCAGAAAUAUUUUUUAAAAACUUUAAAAUUCACAACACAGGACCCCCUAGGCAAGUUUCUCAUCUUCUGGCAGCAACAGCAGUCCAUUCCAGUCCUCUUUGGAAUGUUUGCUUAAAAAAAAAAAUCCUUCUCUGUAAACUGUCUCUCAAGAAUGAGGGUCUCCCAUAACAGGUGGACCAGCCUAGCCGUUGGCCAUGAGUUGGACAAAGACCAGGAGAAGAAGCCCCAGAAAAGCCAAAGGAGGAAAUGGCAGAGCUCAGACCUAACAAGGAUGAGAAUCUGCAGAGGUGGAGUCUCACCUACCAAUUUCUGGGGGGAAAAAAUGUACUGGGGAGAUAGAUGGAGCAGAGAAGAAGGGUUGUCAUAGCAGCCUGCCCCUGAGGGCCACAGACUGGCACCACCACCACAGAGCCCUGAGGCGUGUGUGUGUGUGUGUGUGUGUGUGUGUGUGUGUGUGUGUGUGUGUGUGUGUUCCAUGUCUCUUUCAGCCUGAAGCACACAUUUGAACAGCCACAGAGCUUUAACUCUGGAGAGAGGCAGUGAUCCCUCCCACAGUUGGGGGGUUCGUGUUCUGACCUGUAUCCCCAGCUGAUUCCAUAUCAAUGUACAGGAGACGAUGUCUAGGGUGGGGUACGGCAGACGGCAUGGAAAGGUCAUAGGGGCUGCUUGGCCUCCAGUCUUCGUAACCUUCAUUUCACAUUCUUUUCCUCUCAAACUCAGUUCCACUCAACAUUUUGGAGAAGUGGGAAGCUGUAGGCCAGCCUCCAAAUUAGUUCCACGUGGCCUCUGCCCCAGCUGGAGCCCCAGUGACACUGUUUGUUUGACUUUUAGUGAUGCUGAGGCUGGAACCCAGGGCCUCAGGGCCUCACAUGUGCUGGUCAUGUGCUCGAUACUGAGCUACCCUUAACCCCUCAUAAGGUCAUAAUUUCCAGAAGACCUUACCUUCACUGACCUUAAAUUUGGGUUGUUGGUGUCCUGUAACCUUCACUAGUAGGUAUGGAAGUACAAAAGGUGACCCAGGGACCCCCACAGUGAGCACCCUCUCCUAUUCUGAAGCAGAAACCCAACUUCCUCUUGGUGAUAAGAGAUGAGUCCCUCUAGCCAAGAUGAUGAUCCCUUUUUCUGCUGGUCAGCUCAGUGGUAGGAAGACCCCAAACAGUCAUAUGGGGUCUUCACAUCCCUGUGUACUCAGGAAAAUGGAGCUGAAAGCUAGCUGACCAGACAGGAAACAAGCUCUUGUGAGUAGGCGAUUGAGUGGGAGGGCCUUCCCAUACCAGUUGGCUCCCCAACUCCUGGAAUCCAGCAGUGGGGGGAUAGCCUUCAACCAUUCCCCCACUCUUAAAACAGAGCAGUUAGGCUAUCACUGCUUCAGGGAACUGCCCUACGCUUCUUCCAGGACAGCCUCUGGUAAGAUGGAGAUGUCAUAGCCUGCCUCCCCCCACACACAUACUUGUCUGUGUAGUCUUGGAAGACAGGAGCAGUGUUGUGCAGAGGCCUCGUUGAGCAUAGGUGUUGCCUCGAUGCCUCAGCCUGCUUGCUCCUCUCCACAGAGCCCUCCACACCCCUGCUAGUCAUGGAUAUGGGGGACACAGGAAAAGCAGAGGCUCCCUCCCAUCCCACUGUGGAGGGGGCCAUGUUUGUGAGAUGCAAGAGGGAAGUCCUAUCCCCUUCUGCUCCUCUCGGGCUUCCAAGGGGUCAGUAUGCAGAGGCGAGUGUGCAGGGGCUAGGAUGCAGCCAGAAUCACUCAGGGGUCAGUGCAAGGGGUCAGCACGCAGAGGCGAGUGUGCAGGGGCUAGGAUGCAGCCAGAAUCACUCAGGGGUCAGUGCAAGGGGUCAGCACGCAGAGGCGAGUGUGCAGGGGCUAGGAUGCAGCCACUAUCACGCAGGGGUCAGAGCAAGAGCUGGUGUGUACCAGAUGGCAAGCAGUGGUCAGAGUGCAGGGGGUAGUGCAAUAUCAGCACGGGGAUGGAGGGUAGUACACGUGGGUCAGUGUGGGGGUUGGGAACAUUUUAGUCUCGUCUGGAUCCUCGGCUGGAUGUGGGUGAGAAUGGGGCUUGGUGUUGCCACCGAAUGAGGGUGGGCUCCUUCUCGGUUCCAAUUCUAGACCCUGUGUUAGAAGUUGCCAAACUCUGCCUGGACAGCAUACCCAGCCUUUAAGCCCUGCCAAGUGGCCACAUAAGUCUCUUUACUUUGGCCUGUGAGCAGCCCCUCCCAUCCCCACCUGGGCCUGCUGGGCCUGGACCAGCCUGCUGGGCUUCAGAGCUGAGCCUGCAGUUUGCUGGAAGUGAAAUGGGAUCAG